AAGUGGGCAAAUGAAGCAAUAUUUACACCCCAAGUAAGAAAAGAAUAUUUGUAUGAUCAAUUGAGGAGGAAGGAAAGCGCUGAAACAUGAGCAAUUUCACGCCUUUGCCAGGGCGUUGGAGGAGAGGUGUUAGAGCCUAUGAUGCUCACACAACCAACACGAGUGAAUCCAACGAAGUGCUUGUGUAUUAUAGAUCUCACUCUACAAGGGUCAACCAGGAUGAGAGGAGUUCAGGUGUACUAGAUCCACUGCAGUGGUGGGAAGUCAGAACUCCUACAAGACACCACACUUUACCAAAUUUUCCAGCACAGCAACACAGCCACAGCAGGCAACAAACCAAUGUUCCCAAUGGGGACAUGGGAAGAGGCUUCAACCCUAGGCUAAGACAGAUUAUCCAGCAGCCACAUUCAAGAUCCACACUCCAAACAAGCACACAAGCUCCCCAAGUGGAAGAAAACACCAAACCAACAUCUUUGAGCAAGCUUAAGAAAGUGAUUUACAAUAACAACACUACCCCAAAGAGUUUAGCUAGGAGAGUGAGCUUAUACUAUAGAGAUAAUUCCAAUGCUUUGAAAGAGAGGGUGAAAGAAAAGGAUGAAGAUGGCAAGAGGUGUGCUGUUUGCUUGGAAGAUUUUGAACCCAAAGAAGAGGUGAUGCUCACUCCAUGCAACCACAUGUUUCAUGAGGACUGCAUAAUGCCUUGGUUAACAAGUAAAGGCCAGUGCCCAGUCUGUAGGUUUGUGAUUUGGGAGAGGGUGAACAACAACACUUCAUCAUCUUUCAACAGGAAUAAUGAUAUUGUUGCCAAUUUGGAACCUGGUGACCUGAUUGGUGGAGAGCUUUUGUCAAUUCUGAGGGCCAUGGAAGUGGCUUUUCACUUGGGGAGCAUAAAUUACACAUAAGAGUUUUACUAAAAUUAGUCUUCAUCGCAUCAUUAGUAAGAAUUUGCUUAAAGUUGGGGUGAAGGUUUGAUUUAAAAGUUUUUAUCAUGUAACUAGUGUUUUUUACCCGCGCGUUGCACGGGGAAUAUGUAUAUUAUAUUUGAUACA